AUGAUUGCAGCAUCAAACAAGCCAUCAUCAUCUGGUGACCACCAACAAAAUACAACAGUGCCAAAAGAAGAUGCUGCCUUGAACACUAAUAAGAAGGAAAAUGUUGAUCAACCAUCAUCGGAAUCAACAAAUAAUGCAAUUGAUAAGAAAUUUAGUAAAAAUGUUGAUGAUUCUGAUUCAGAUCUUUCAUCAGGCAGUGAUAACAAGGAUCCAACAACAAGAUUUAAUAUUUUAAGGUCUACAAGUCUCAGAAAAGCCUAUAAAAAUUUAAAACAACAAGAAAGAGAAGAGUUUGAUUUGGUUCAAUCAGAUGCCAGUCAAUCCGAAAGUGAAAAUUAUAUUCCAUCAAAAAAGACAUAUGGCAAUGGUGUAUCACUUUUGAAAACACCUAAAAUUCCAACUACUGUUGCAACCCCUACGAAGCAUAGUGAGACUGUCAGUCAAACCAAUAGACUAGUUUGCAUAACUAGACCUUCUAUUCUGGCUAGAGACUCGGAUAAACUUAAUUCGUAUAGAGGUUUCUUGAAUUUGGCCAUCAUCAUACUUGUUGUGAGUCACUUACGUUUAAUGUUAAUUAAUUUCAACAAGUAUGGUAUCUUGUUGAAUACCCAUGAAUAUGUAGCUGCUUUCUUGAAAGAUCCAUCAAAUGGAUGGGAAGUCAUUCUCAUGUUUGCAUCUUUGAUUAUUUGGAUUGUUUUGGCUUUUGCAGUUGAAAAAGUUAUUGCAAUUUAUAUUAGAAACAAGUUCAGUCAAUUGUUAACAAAGAAAGAUCAUCAAGUAAGCAAGAGAAAAGCUUUAUGGAGUCAUAUUUUGAAGAAUGCAAGCUUUUUCUCAUUCUGUUGUUACUUUGUGUUGGACACUACAUUAUUGGGAGCCACUAUAUCAUUUGUAUGGCUUUUUAAUCCACAUCCAGUUGCUGGUAUGAUGUUAUUGACCUUGGGAACUAUUGUAUUCUUAAAGAUGACAUCAUAUGGUGUGGUAAAUGACCAUUUGAGAGAAAGAAUGUGGGAAAGAAAGGCACAAAAAUUGAAAACAAUUGACACUGUUGCCACUGCUACUGGAAUUUCUUGGUACAAACAAUAUCCAGACAAUAUUUCACUCUAUGAUAUUUUCUAUUUUAUGUUUACACCAACACUUGUCUAUGAAGAAUGCUUCCCUAGAACCAAGUCUAUUAGAUUCAAGGUUCUUUUAUUUGAUUGCUUGGAACUUUUGGCUUGCUCCUUCAUUUUAAUCUUCUUAGUUGAACAAUACGUUAUGCCUCUUGUUGAACACUCAGUUGAGCCAAUGAGAGAAAAGGACAUGUUACGUUUAUUCGAAAGACUCCUCAAAUUGACAGUUCCUAAUAUUGUUAUUUGGAUUGUUGGAUUUUAUAUUGUUUUCCAUUUAGCUUUGAAUAUUGUAGGUGAGAUCCUAUGUUUUGGAGACAGAUUAUUUUAUCUUGAUUGGUGGAAUUGUACAGAUCUAUCCUAUUUCUGGAGAACAUGGAAUUUACCAGUUCACAAAUGGAUGGUAUUGCACAUUUACCUUCCACUUGUAAAUAAUGGUGUUAGUGCAUCUAUUGCCAGCUUUUGUGUAUUCUUUGUGAGUGCUAUAUUCCAUGAACUUAUCAUUUCAGUACCUUUCCAUAAGGUUUAUGGUUUGGCAUUUAUGGCAAUGAUGGUACAAAUGCCAUUGUCAUUCGUAACAAAGAAAUACUUGAGAGGAAAACAAAUUGGUAAUGUAGUAUUUUGGAUGAGUUUUAUGAUUGGUCAUAGUAACACUCUCAUUUUCAUUUACAAUGAUAUGCACUCAGCAGCAAAUAAUUAAAGUCUUUAUUAAGAAAUGUU